AUGGUCGAUCAGCCGGAUAUUGUCAUUGCUUGUCAGAACUCUCCGAAGAGCGUAACUCUCAGUGGUGGAGCAGAUGCGAUUACUGAGGUGUACUCACGUCUUGCCGAGGCAAAGGUGUUCUCGCGCAUCCUGAACACCUCGCAAAACGCUUAUCAUUCGCACUUGGUAAAGGACGCUGGCCAGUAUUACGAAGAUUCGUUCAAAGCCUCGCUUCCGGCACCUUCGCCCGCAGCAGCAACUUCUAGCAUUCCGAUGUACUCUUGCAUCAAUGGGGAGGUGCUCGAUAGUCCAGAUGAUGUUCGUAUCGCUUACUGGAGGGAAAACAUCGAGAAUCCUGUAAAUUUCACGCAGGCUGUAGCAUCCCUAAUCGAGGCACAACCGACGGUCAGUUGUCUGAUGGAAGUUGGGAUGCAUUCUGCGCUCGCAGGUCCAAUCAAGCAGAUUCGAGACUCUUUAGGCAUAAACCCAGAGAAGCUCUGCUACAUACCUAGCAUCAAACGCAGCGAAGAUGAUGUUGAGAAUGUCCUCAAAUUAGCCGGGUGUCUUUGGACUUCCGGCUACCCGAUCGACUUGAUAGCCGUCAAUGGACCAGGCCGCUUCUUGCCAAACCUGCCCACCUACCAGUGGAACUACGAAGGCAAAGUUCUGUGGACGGAGAAUCGGUUGAGCCGACAGUUGCGAUUCCGCAAACACCCACGACAUGACUUGCUAGGCUCACUUGUCGUGUCGUCCUCGAACUCCAAUCCAUCAUGGCGCAACAGGCUCAAGAUCAAAGAUGUUCCAUGGCUAGCUGACCAUCGUAUUGGGAACGACGUGAUCUUUCCGGCAGCUGGAUAUUGUGCGGUCGCGAUCGAGGCCGUAACACAAUUUGCCGAGUCUGCAGAGAUGGUGGCCGCUAGGUUCACAAUUCAGCACCUGAAGAUCAAAACACCCCUCGUGAUCAUACUAGAGGGUGAAGUCGAGACCUUGUUUGACCUUCACGUAAUCCAUGGCUCUACACAUGCCGGUCAUAGAAUGUUCGAGUUCAGCUUGAGCUCAGUAAAUGCAGAGGACAGGUGGAUUGAGCACGCUUCUGGAAAAAUUGUUCUGCAUCAACGGCACGAAAUGCCAAGCAUGCGUGAUGUAUAUGGCCAGGAUGUCACGUGGACCGUAGAUAUGGGUAGGAGCGACGAGGAAUGGUACACCGCGCUUGCCAGAGUUGGAUUGCAUUACGGCCCGACAUUCCGUCCGCUGAGGAACAUUCAAUCUAACACAAAGAAAAUCGCGACCGCGCAAAUUGACCUGCAGCCAUCGAAAGGGGUCAUGAUCGACGAGUCUCGCUAUGCUAUCCACCCCGCUACUCUCGAUGGCUGUAUCCAACUCGCUGUCAUUGCAGCGUGCGACGACAAUGUUAAAGGUAUAUCGAAAGCAUACUUACCAACAACCAUCGACAACCUUACAGUCUGGCGACCUUCUGACCUGCAGAGUUUGCCAGCUCGAGGGAUUCUAUCCAGCUACGGUGCUUGCCACGGCAUGCGCUCUGUUCGUGGGUCGUCAGAAGUCGUGACUGUUGAAGGUUACUCAUUGGCGCAGAUGACUGUAUCGUUACUCUCACUAGAAGGAGGUUUUGCUAGCCAGCACACUGGACACGCUCGGGAGCCGUUCACUCGACUCGUUUGGCAACCAAUCGCGAGACUUAUCGAAGAGCAUUUUCCGAGGCUCGAAGCAAAUGUUACUGAACAUCGCCAAACCCGGACAGAAAAGCUUUGGCUGGUCUAUAAAAAUUUCCCUCAUCCUCUUGCACAAGCAAUCGAGGGCUACGCGAAAGACCUGAACAUCGACAUCGGAACAAUUGAUUUUUCAGAUGUUCAAACCAACAUCUGCAAAGGUUCCCGAAUCAUGAUGAUGGCUGAGCUAGAAGGCUCAAUAUUCAUCAACAUGACCAAUGAAGAAAUGGAUGCAGUUCAAAGUCUGUUUAGUCUGGCUUCAUCUGUCUUGUGGGUCACUCCAGGUGGACUUCUCAGAGGCAAGAAGCCAGAAUACUCGAUAUUGGCUGGCAUGAUCAAGUCAAUCACGAAAGCGCAGCCUUCUCUGCGAUUGUCGAGUAUCGAUGUCGACCCUGAUGACGUCGACUAUCUUCGCACAGCCAGACUGAUCGUUGAGCACGAGAUGCGCAUCUUCGACGACGAUGACGGUAGCCUUGAUAAUCAACUCGUCAUUUCAGAUGGUGUUGUGUAUGCAGGUCGCUAUGUUCUUGACAAGAAUGCAAAUCAUGAUUCUGCACGUCAGCUCAAUCCUAUGCCCAAGAAGUUACAAACCAAGGGCGACCUUGUAUUAGCUUUCCAGCAAGUCGGUCGCUUGGAUAGCUUCUACUUUGAACCGCCUGUUCCCAAAUCAUAUGAGAUUAGGCUCAGACCGACAGCCUAUGCUCUUGGCCAACGUGUGGCUGCGAUUCUCAAGGGUACCCAGACUGCGGCUCACUUCAGCAACGUGUUUGUAGCUCUGGUGGAACAAUCUGGAUCUGAAUCCGGAAGGUUCAAGUCAGAAGACAGAAUUGUCUGUUGUGCACCCGGCAAAUUCGAUACUUCGCGGGUCGUGAGUGAUACAACGUGCGAGUUGUUGCUGCCCAAUGAAGAUGCUGGUGAUAUCGUAACCUCAUUGUUGCCUUACUGUACGGCCCUUCGCGCACUUGAGUCUGCCGCAGAGGGACAGAUAAUACUUGUCCAAGGGCUACCUGGACUAUUGGCUGUUGCUGUGGCACGUCUGUCACAAUCUUAUGGAUGCCAAACCAUCCUGUCUCAUACAUCGGAAGAAGUUGUGAGAUUGUUUGCAGAACAGUAUCCAGACAUCGGAGCUCAAACCCAAUAUAUUACUGGCGAAGUUACGUUCGAGAAAAUUUCAGCUCUGACCGGUCACCAAGGCAUCAACCUAGCACUGAUCAGUCCCAAGAGCCCAGAUUGCUUUGAAAUAUGGCAGUCACUUACAAGAGAGGGACGUCUGACAUACGUCAUGGAAGAUUCGGAGUUACCCAACCUCGGACUAUUGGAUACUUCUGUCUUUGCGAGAGGAGCUUCGGUCAUUUCUUUUGAUGUGUAUGAUAUGCUUGCAACGCAGCCGGAGGAUAUGCAUAAGCUCGUUUGUUCAGCUCUUCGCAUGCUACGAGAUGGUACUCUGCCCAAAUUCAUACCGGAUGCGACUUACGAUGUCUCGGAGCUGCCGGCUGUAAUCACCGCGAUAAACCAGAGUAAGACAACGACAAAUGUGGUGCUCACGUAUGAUCGUGAGAGUAUGAUUCCUGUCAAUCUAUACCCGAAGAGUAGAUCAGAACAGGCAGUUGCAGCCCGGUCAGAAGUCCAAAGCUCGGUCUGA